AUGAAUGGGGGUACUUCAGUAAUUGAGAAAAACUACAAUGUAGAAGAAUUACUGAGACAGAAAGGAGAAAAAAAGGAUUAUGUGAGUGACAGAGAUCAUGAGGCCAUUAGCCUCUUCGAGAAAGCUGUAGAUAGGGAGUCUCAUGGAUUAAUGUCAGAUGCAGUCGAAUUCUAUAGAAGAGCAUACAAAAUUAAUGAGCAGGUUGAUUUAUUAUAUAGAACGCAGAAGCUUCCACAUGCGGUUAAAAGGUUACAGGAAGAAGGUGGAAAGAAUAUUACCAAGAAAGUUGAUGAGGAAAAAGUGAAAGCUAUCGACGUUGACAAACUACUCCAAAGCUUUGCCUAUGCAGAGGUGACGGCACCCGAUGAAAACUCCAUAGAUCCUCAAGAUUCUUUAGUCAUUAAAUUCGCCAACUUGGGAUCGAAUUCACAGGAAAAGGAUCUUACAGUAACAGAAAUUUCGCCACUAAUGAGUUUGCCCUCUGAAGUUUGGAACAAAAUUCUUGAACACUUGAUAGUAAUGGAGCCUGAUUCAUGGUUUAACUUCUCAAUAACAUGCAAGAGAAAUGCAUAUUUGGGAUUUGGCUCUUCCCAGUUGUGGCAAAAGUUAUGUUACUUGGUAUAUCCAAAUCAAAUCUAUUAUGAGAACCUUGUUUGCAUGCAGAAUAGGACACCUUCGGAGCCCCUAAUCAAUAGCGAUAGUCUUCCUGUUCCAUUGGAUCAACUUGUGGUCCUUUCACAAUAUAAAAAUUCAUGGAAAUACAUGUUGCGUCAUCGUCCCUUUAUAAAAUUCGGUGGAUGCUACAUAAGCGUAGUAAAUUAUUACAGCGAAGGUGGGAAAACCGAGUUUUCUGAUAGUUGGUCUAAUCCUGUCAGAACAAUAACUUAUUACAGAUAUUUAAGAUUUUACCCCGACGGCACAUGUGUUAAAGUUUUAUCUUCCUUGGAACCAAAUAAGGUUGUGCCGUAUCUUCUGAAACUUAAUACACUGAGAAGCUUACAGCAUCUAGACUCAACAGACUUAGAGAAUGGAAAUAAUUCAAGCCACAUCAAAGAGAGCCACAAGAUAUACCAUGGAAGGUGGUGCUUAACGACUCUGGGCGAAGUCCAUAUAGAAAUUAACGAGGGAUCUGUGCCAUACUAUGACUUUUAUUACCGUUUUGAGAUAAAGUCUCUAGGAGGAAUAUUUAUCCAUAGUAAACUAACAUGGAUAAAAUAUUUCGCUAUUAGGAAGAAAUUACCUGGCGAAUCCCAUCAAGAUGAAAGAGUGGGUGAAGAAAUCAACUUUUCACUUAAAAAUGAAAAGCCUUUCAAGUUCCUGAAGGUUCGCAGCUAUAGAACAGACAACUGA